AUUUUAGGAUUUGAAGUGCGGGAAAUACUGUAUACAUGGCAAAGAACAUCACAUUUCUUCAGACAGUUUUAAUGUUGUUACUACACGAUUACAUAUCAGCUGAAGAUGGUGAUAUAAGAUCAAGUUGCCGAACUGCCCCAGCAGACUUAGUUUUUAUCUUGGAUGGCUCCUACAGUGUUGGCCCAGAAAACUUUGAAAUCAUCAAAAGAUGGCUUGUCAAUAUUACCAGUAACUUUGACAUAGGACCAAAGUUUAUUCAGGUUGGAGUAGUCCAGUACAGUGAUUAUCCUGUACUUGAAAUUCCACUUGGGUCUCAUGAUUCCAAUGAAAAUCUAGUCAGAGGAAUGGAAUACAUACAGUACCUGGGUGGAAAUACAAGAACAGGGAAGGCAAUUCAGUUUGCGAUUGACCACCUGUUUGCUAAAUCCCCAAGAUUCCUUACAAAAAUCGCAAUUGUUCUCACUGAUGGUAAGUCACAAGAUGAAGUCAAAGAUAUAGCCGCUGAAGCAAGAAGAAACAAGAUCACUCUGUUUGCCAUUGGAGUUGGUUCAGAAACUGAAGAGGAUGAAUUGAGAGCAAUUGCCAACAAGCCCUCAUCCAGAUACGUGUUCUACGUUGAAGAUUAUAUUGCAAUAUCCAGAAUAAGAGAAAUAAUAAAGCAGAAACUCUGUGAAGAAUCUGUUUGUCCAACGAGAAUUCCUGUGGCAUCUCGGGAUGAAAAAGGAUUUGAUAUCCUUCUAGGCUUAGGUGUGAAGAAGAAGGUGAAAAAGAGAAUUCAGGUCUCAUCUACGAAUGCAAAAGCUUAUGAAGUAACUUCACGCAUUGAUUUGUCAGAAUUGACAAGGGAUGUCUUUCCAGAAGGCCUUCCUCCAUCGUAUGUGUUUGUAUCCACUCAGAGGUUUAAAGUUAAAAAAACAUGGGACUUAUGGAGGAUUCUAACCCUGGAUAGAAGAUCACAAAUGGCUGUUACUGUACACGGCGAAGACAGAACAUUAUCAUUUACUACAACAAGCCUAGUAAAUGAUACUCAGGUUGUUACUUUUACUGCACCCCGUGUAAAGACAUUGUUUGAUGAAGGCUGGCAUCAAAUCCGUCUCUUAGUAACAGAAGCAGAUGUGACGUUGUAUAUAGAUGAUCAAGAAACAGAAAUGAAGCCAUUGCAUCCUGUUUUAGGGAUCUAUAUUAGUGGACUAACCCAAAUAGGAAAAUAUUCUGGGAAAGAGGAGACUGUACAGUUUGAUAUCCAAAAGCUAAGGAUCUACUGUGACCCAGAACAAAACAACCGAGAAACAGCCUGCGAGAUACCUGGGAUUUGCCUGAAUGGACCUAGUGAUGUAGGAUCUACGCCACCUCCUUGUAUAUGUCCUCCAGGAAAACAAGGUCCACCAGGCUCCAAAGGAGAUCCUGGACAACCUGGGAAUCACGGCUAUCCCGGAGAAUCUGGUCCAGAUGGUAAGCCUGGCCACCAAGGAAUAGCAGGAACUCCAGGUAUUCCAGGAUCCCCAGGGAUUCAAGGGCCGCGUGGCUUAACAGGCAUGAAGGGUGAACCUGGGUCCGAUGGGAGAAAGGGUGAACGUGGCCUUCCAGGUUUCCCUGGAUUACAUGGAAUGCCGGCAUCUAAGGGUGACAGAGGACUAAAAGGAGACCAAGGAGUACCAGGAAUUUAUGGGAAAAAGGGUGCAAAAGGGGAAAAGGGUGUUGCAGGAUUUCCAGGAAUGCCUGGCCGACUUGGGGAUCCUGGGAGGAGUGGGAAGGACGGCACACCUGGAAAUCCAGGCUUUAAGGGAGAAGCUGGACAACCAGGUUCUGCAGGACCAGAAGGAAGGCGGGGUGAUCCUGGAAUUCCUGGGAUUCCUGGAGUUCAAGGAAUAAAAGGAGAAAAGGGUGAAAUUGGACCACCAGGACAAGAGGGAACAAAAGGAUCAUCAGGGAUGCCUGGCCUGUCUGGACAUGAGGGAUCAUCAGGUUUACCUGGAGGACCUGGGCCUAAGGGCAGCAAGGGAGCACAAGGACUACAAGGGAAAUCAGGCAUGCCAGGUGUCAAGGGAGAACAAGGGAGACCAGGUACUUCAGGUGAACCAGGCUAUCCCGGAAUACCUGGCACACAGGGUUUGAAGGGAGACAAAGGAAAUCAGGGUGAAAAAGGCAUCCAGGGUCAGAAGGGGGAAAGUGGAAGAGCAGGUACUCCGGGACAUAAGGGAGCCAUGGGAUUAAAUGGAGCUGAAGGAGAGAAAGGUGAGAAAGGAGAUCCUGGCAUGCGUGGCACCAAUGGACAAAAGGGAGAACCUGGAGUUAAUGGUUUCAUUGGUCUACCAGGCCCAAGAGGAACGCAAGGGGAGAGGGGAUCUCCAGGAACACCUGGGUCAGAUGGAAAACCUGGAAGAGGCUUUUCAGAAGAAUUCAUUCGGCAAGUUUGCGCAGAUGUUCUAAGAACCCAGUUGCCUACUAUACUUCAGAACGGAAGGCUACAACACUGUGAUCAUUGCCAGUCGCAUGGUGCUGCCCCCGGGCCUCCUGGCCCACCAGGCCCAGCUGGCCCAGAAGGUCCUCGAGGUUUUCCUGGCUUGCAAGGAAAUGAUGGUGUUUCAGGUCUGUCAGGAGCUCCUGGGCGUCCUGGGGCACGUGGAGCAAAAGGAACACCAGGAAAAAAUGGAGCUAAAGGAAGCCAAGGAAUUGGGGUCCCAGGAAUACACGGUCCUCCAGGACCUCCAGGUCCUGAAGGCCCACCUGGGAUAAGUAAAGAAGGACGUCCUGGAGUACGCGGGGAUCCAGGGAAAGAUGGAGACCGUGGAAAUCCUGGAAUCCCUGGACAAACUGGACCGCCUGGAAUUUGUGACCCAUCUUUAUGCUUUAGCGUAAUUGUAGGAAGAGAUCCAUUUAGAAAGGGACCAAAUUAUUAAUCUGGGAUGUGCUGGUGGCAGACUAGGCUUGGUGCUUGCCCUUUAUGAUCUUUCAAGUCUCAGGAAGAUGACUAGCAAUGAUCGCAUUUCCCAGGAAGUAAAGUACCUCUGGUGUGUAAAUUAAUAUGGUAAAAUCUUCCAUAUUCAAUUUAAGUCUCUAAACAUGUGGGGCCUUCAAGCUGAUUAAACCUCGGGUCCUGAUCCAGUUCAACUUAGUUAUCACUCUCCUUUUGAAAGCAAUGGAAAAAACCACACAUCAUUAACUUAAGUCCCAUUGCUUUGAAUCGUGGCGAAUUUCAGCUGGAUUUGCAGCUCUGAUAUCCAAUGGGAGUGCAUUUUUACCUAUGAUGUUUGCCAUAUGACACUUCCUUUUGAAGUCAACUGGCAACAUUUUACUGAAUCUGCCAGAAGCUGGAUUGGGCCUUCAGUGCUUGGUAAUCAGGUGCAAUUCAAUGUGAAAUAGUUUGCAUUCAGCCCACAUAUGCAGUAGGGGUGGGCAACUUGUAGCCCUCCAUAAAUUUUGGCCUACAAUUCCCAUCAUCCCUAACCAGAAUAGCCAACAAUGAAGGAUGAUGGGUGUUGUAGGCCAAAACAACUGGAAGGCACAAGUUGCUCACCCCUAGAUAUACCGAAUCUUAUUUUUAAAGGAAAAUGGCUGUGUUAUUUCCUACGUUUGUGAAUUUUGUCAAUUUUUGUAUGUUUCAUAUUUCACUGGUUACAGGUUUCUUUUGAAAAAUACAUGAACCCAAGUCUUUUUUGUUUUUUGUUAAUUUAACAUCAGGCAUUUUCAUGCUGUUAUUACCCAUGUUGCCCUUAAUGAAUUCAUGCAAAAGCAAUUAUACAUUUCUAUCUACA